CACCGCUUCCUUCUCCGCUUUGUCCACUAUUUGAAUUCAGAUGGCUUUCUUUGUGGUGCAAGGCUGGAAGUGCCGCAUUUAUUCCGUCUCAUAUGAACGCCCGGGUCACCGAGAAAGAGAAAAAAGAAAAUUGUAUGUGGUGAACUUGAUAGUAGGUAGUUGACGCUGGGAGCAAAACCUCAGGUUUCCAAGAUAUGAUCUAUUAGGUAUCAGGUAGGGAUUCGUAAAUAUGCUAUGGUUAUUUAUAGCUAAGUGUGAGACACCUUUAAGCUCCUGAUUCCACCAUACGCCAUGCUUCUCUUGAUAUUGCAAGAGAUUACCUAGCUACGCAGUAGGUGAUCCUAAACUGGGCCAUUUGAUGCCCGAGAUGUCCAAUUCUACUUAUCGGGGGAGGAGGGAAUAUGCCAAGUACGAGAAGAUGUAAUGGACUAUUCUUAAUCUUGCGGUUUAUCACCGUUUUCCUGUCUCUGUAUACAUGCGCAAAGGAUACCUACCUCUCAACUUUGAAGAUUCUGUUCGUUUAUUUGCAUUACUUAAAUGAUCCGUACUGUGUAUAUGGUUAUGGCUACAUGGCAACGGCCCCUACUGUCUACAUUUACCAUUUACUUAAGUUGCGCUUUUUAAGCGCGCGCUAGGUGGUCCGAGCUUGCCAGGCCCAUGAAAAUUUAG